AUGGUAAAGCUGUCACCAGAUAUCAGUUCUCUGCAGUACUCCGGAAAGCCUUACAGUUCCUCAACUUUCACACACAAAACUACAACACACACUCAUUCAGGAUUGGAGCUGCUACAUAUGCAGCAACACAGGGAAUACCACAUGAGCUACUUUGCACAUGGGGCAGGUGGAAAUCUGCUGCAUACACUAAGUACAUUCGCAUCAAUAUGUUGUAACAACUCAUUUUUGACAGAAAUAUGGCUUGUCGGCUCCAGCCUUAUCUACUGGGCUCACCGGAGAGCAGUUGCAAGGCCAGUGGGAUUGGACCUGGGUCUGCAGAAGUAUGGACUCAGCUUAACAUGGUAUGGGAGUAGGGGAAUGAAGUGGAAAUCAUUGUUGCCAUUUCUUCAGCAAAAACUAAGGCGCAGUCCACCACCAGCAUGGCUUCUCCUUCAUUUGGGAGGUAACGACCUUGGGGACGUGCCAACAACAGUACUGUUACAAACGGUGAGUCGGGAUCUUACUAAAAUUCAUCACAUGAUGCCCUUCACACAAGUCAUAUGGUCAGACGUUCUGCAGAGGGUCACAUGGCGGGGUAUACCAGACGGCAGAGUUAUGGAGCGCAAGAGGAAGAGAUUUAAUAGAUUUGGUAGGAAAGGCGUACUAGACCUUGGAGGUAGCGUUCUCGGGCACAACGAAAUUAACAUAGCAGACAGGGGUUUGUUCAGACAGGAUGGUGUCCACCUGUCAGACAUUGGCAAUGACAUUUUCGUGAACUCAUUGCAGGGGGGUCUUGAGUUAUUUGCUGGUUUGUCCUCGUCCAGGUGUUCAUUUCAAAACUAGUGUCGCUUGUAUUCAGUUCUUAUGCUUAAUCCUCAGGGGAAUGAGCUUGCUAUAAACCAAGCUCAGUGGCGGAGGUCGUGGCAGGCAACUCAAUUUUCUCAUUAACUGUAAGUAAGUUCAGCCUCAACAUGCUAACUGCACCUCAUGUAGUGUACCCAAACCACAGAGGAUGACAGUGUAUGUAAUGACACAGGAUGGACUGCAGCUCAUGCCUCACGUUGUGUUUAGCCACGGAGGAUGAACUGAACUGUCAUCUCUAUUCCGGCCCAUUUGGUCAUGUGUAUAUUCCGGCCCAUUUGGUCAUGAUGUGUAUAUUCCGGCCCAUUUGGUCAUGAUGUGUAUAUUCCGGCCCAUUUGGUCAUGAUUUGGUAGUUACUCCAUUGCGUCACGAUGUGUACCCAUCUAAACCUCGGACGCAAGCAAUGUAACUGCAUUGCUGUGUACUGUGUAACACUGCUUGUCGCGACUUCCGCCUGUAUUGUUAUGUAAUAAAGCUGCGCCCGCUUUUUGCCACUGAAGAAGCAUCGUGUUAUCUUUUUGUAUUCUUUCAUUCA